AAUAUUGGGUCUACAAUAAUUUAUUAAUAAUUUAUUGUAAAUCGGGUUUAUACAACACUUGCUAGAAGAAGAAAUAUAAAAAAAAAAUCAGUAAAAAUAAUUUCAGUUCAAUAAUAUUAAUUUCAGUUUAGUAAAAUAAUUUAAAUUCAGAAAAAAAAAUAAUAAAAUAAAAAAUAAAAAUCCGGGCCACCUAAAAACUAGUUAUCUUUAAGCCGGUCGCCGAGAGGGAAGGGAUAAAAUUGAGCGCAAAAUGUGGAGGAAAUCAAGCCAAAUGCAGCAAAAAUGAUAGUAAAUUCAAACCUCAUCUCCUCCAAUUUCCUACGCUUUGGCCCUGUUUCUCUUCAUCCCAAACCUUUUAACCCAAACACCUUAUUAUUAACAAAACCUCCAAUUUUGGUCAAGUUAAACUACUGCAAGAGGAUACCCAUUAAUCAAUAUCAAAAGUUAAAAAAUACCCAAAUUUGUUUAAGUUCAAAAUUCAAAGACCCAAUUGUGGAAGAUAAUGAUUCCAGUGAAAGUGAUGUUGGAGGUGAUGAAGAUGGUGGUAAUGGUGGAGAUUGGACUACCUCAAUUUUGCUCUUCUUGUUCUACGCUGGACUCAUGUACUAUGUUUUCAAUCUUUCUCCUAACCAAACCCCGUCUAGGGACAUGUACUUCUUGAAGAAGCUCUCUAACUUGAUCGGAGAUGAUGGAUUCGAGAUGAAUAGGAUACUUGUGUCGCUUUGGUACAUUAUGGGUUUAUGGCCAAUUGUUUACAGCAUGCUACUGAUUCCCUCUGGUAGAAGCUCGAAAAGCAACAUUCCUGUGUGGCCAUUCGCCACACUUUCAUUUUUUGGAGGAGUUUAUGCUCUCAUUCCAUAUUUCAUUCUAUGGAGACCUCCACCACCUCCAGUUAAAGAAGGCGAACUAAGUAGCUGGCCGCUGAACUUCUUGGAAUCAAAGCUGACAGCUGGGUUCUUGGGUGCUGUAGGACUAGGCCUUAUAGUAUAUGCAGGCUUGGCAAUAGAUGAGUGGAAGGAGUUCUAUCAGUAUUUCAGAGAAAGCAAGUUGGUCCAUGCAACCUCCCUUGAUUUCACUCUUCUAUCAGCAUUUGCACCUUUCUGGGUUUACAAUGAUAUGACAGCACGAAAAUGCUAUGACAAGACAGCUUGGCUUCUUCCUUUAUCGAUAAUCCCUUUCUUGGGUCCUGCUUUAUACCUGUUGUUGCGGCCACCACUAACAACAAUGCCUGUCUCACUUGAAAGUACACUGAAGUCUGAUUGAUGAUUUGCAUCAUUAUGCUGACACAACUGCCAUUGGAGUUUCUCAUAUGACACCAAAUGUUCUAAGAAGGUUAAGCAGGUGAAGAUGGUUGCUUUCACAUUGCCCAACAAAUAAGGAAGCAGAUAUUUGUGGCCAAAUCUAGCAGUUGGCGUGUUCCUCUACUUAACAUGCAGAUGGAUAUCAUUUUAGACCAAACUAAACUUGCUAACAUGCAAGUUAGUGGUUUUCAACCUGCUUUACUUUUAGGAAAGAAAAUUUUCAUUAGGGAAAUAUUCGAGGUUUUUUUAUAUUGGAUAAUUUCUGUUUCGCACCCUGAACCUAUAAAUAAUCAUACCUUCUGUUUUGCAGCAAUAAAAAUUCAGUUUGAUUCA